AUGAGACCAGCAACAGUAUUUUUGUUGUCAGCCUUAAUUAUUGGUUCCUUGGAAGCAAAACCAAACAUCAAAAAUUUUUUUAGUAAGCAUUUUUUUAAAGAUGUAUAUGGUACAAUUGAUGCAAAUAUAAAAGUUGGAGAUGCUGGAAAGCCACUAAUUCUCACCGAUUUAAUCCAACAAGAUCAAAUUGAUGAAGCUCAGGCAGCAGCUGAGGUAAAGUUAGACGCUUUUUUGGGAGUCAAAAGUUACGCUGGAUAUUUCAGAGUUGAUGAAAUAUACGACUCAAACUUGUUCUUCUGGUUUUUCCCAUCACAAUCAAACUUUGAGAAGGAUCCAGUAAUAGUGUGGUUACAAGGAGGACCAGGAGCACCAUCUGAGCUUGGUUUAUUCGGUGAAAUAGGUCCAUUUGAUAUUAUUGGUGACAAAUUGGUAUUAAGAAACACUUCCUGGACUACAUCAAGCUCCAUUUUAUUCAUUGACCAACCUGCUGGUACAGGAUUUAGUUUUACCAAUGGAGGAUAUGCACAAAACCAAACUAAAGUAGGAGAUGAUCUGUACGAAGCAAUCUAUCAAUUCUUUCAACUCUUUCCCGUUUUGCAAUCUAACGAUUUUUUCGUUGCUGGUGAAUCUUACGGAGGUAAAUAUGUCCCUGCUUUGGGUUACACAAUAUUAAAGAAGAAUCCAACUGGUGAAAUAAAGAUUAACUUAAAGGGAUUGGCUAUUGGAAAUGGUUUGACAGACCCUAAGCAUCAAUACAAAUUUGCCGAUUAUUUACUUCAACUCGGUUUAGUUGAUGAUAAGGAAAGAGAUAUGUUGAAGGAAAUAGAAAACCAAGUUGCCGAAAAAAUAGAUAAUGAAGAUUGGCUAGAGGCAAGUAAACUAAUAGAUGAUGAAUUUGACGCAAUAGAUUCAACGGCUGAUCUUGCAGAUAUUCACAAUUAUCUUGUAAAUUAUAGCGACUUUGAUGAUUUCGAUACAGAUGAAUUGGGUGACUUUUUAAGAAGAGAAGACAUCAGAAAGGCCAUACAUGUUGGCAACACUCCUUUUCAAAAAGACGGUAACGUUUAUGCAAAUCUUCAAGCUGAUAUUCCAAAAUCGGUAGCUCCUCUGGUUGCUGAACUUCUUGAACACUACAGAAUUCUUGUGUACAACGGACAAUUGGACACUGUGGUACCAUAUUCUACGACAGUAGAAUACUUGCAAAAUCUUGACUUUGUUAGUGCUGAAGAGUAUAAGAACGCUGAGAGACGUAAAUGGAGAUAUGGAAGUGAUGUUGCUGGAUACAUAAAAAGCGCUGGUAACUUAACAGAAGUUUUGGUAAGAAACGCUGGACAUUUGGUACCAGCUGAUCAACCUGAGUGGGCUUUGGAUCUUAUUAAUAAAUUUAUGACAAAUAAUUUGUAA